AUGGAGAAGACCCACCUGAUUCGGUGUUCAAAGGAGGAAAUGGAGAAGACCCACCUGAUUCGGUGUCUAGCGGAGGAAAUGGUGAUGACCCACCUGAUUCGGUGUCCAGCUCUAAAGACAACGCAGACCCACCUGAUUCGGUGUCCAGCUCUAAAGACAAGGACAUGGAGUCUGAUUGUGAAACCUACAGGAGGAAAUGGAGAAGACCCAUCUGAUUCUCUACAGGAGAAAAUGGAGAAGACCCACCUGAUUCGGUGUUCAGACGGAGAAGACCCACCUGAUUCGGUGUCCAGCCCUAGAGACAAGAAACCCACAUGCCCCCUAUGUAACCUACAGGAGGAAAUGGUAAGGCCCACCUGA